CAAGUUCUCGAAGUCACUUCGGCGGAGCAAAAAAUGGCACCACCGCAUUUUCUACUUGUAACGCUUCCAGCGCAAGGUCACGUGAACCCAUCCCUCCGUUUUGCUCAUCGACUCAUCAGAACCACCGGCGCACGUGUCACUUUGGCCACAUGUCACUCCGUCUUUCAUUGCUCUAAUAUCCAAAGCCACGACAACGUGUACAAUCUCUCUCUCCUUACCUUCUCCGAUGGGUUCGACGACGGGGUCAUCUCCAACACCGAAGACGUCCAAAACAGGCUGCUGAAUCUCGAACGUAACGGAGAUAAAACGCUGUCGGAGUUCAUCGAAGCUAAUAAAAACGGAGACUCUCCCGUGGCUUGCGUGAUCUACACGAUUCUUCCUAGUUGGGUUCCAAGAUUAGCACGUAGGUUUCACCUUCCUUCUGUUCUCCUAUGGAUCCAGCCCGCUUUGGCGUUCAACGUUUAUUACAAUCACUCAACCGGGAAUAACUUCGGUUUUGAGUUCCCGAAUCUCCCCACUCUCGAAACCCGCGAUCUUCCUUCUUUCCUCUCACCUUCCAACACUAGCAACAACAUCGCACAAGAAGUGUAUCUAGAGUUGAUGGAGUUUCUCAAAGAAGAACCCAACGUGAAAGUUCUCGUCAACACAUUCGAUUCGCUCGAGGCAGAGGCCUUAACCGCUGUCCGGGAUAUCGAAAUGGUGGCGGCUGGGCCUUUACUUCCACCAGAUAUGUUCACAAGAAGCGAACCGGUAAAAGAUCAAAGUAAUUAUACACUUUGGCUAGACUCGAAAACAGAGUCCUCUGUUAUUUACGUUUCUUUUGGAACAAUGGUUGAAUUGUCCAAGAAACAGAUAAAGGAACUAGCUAGAGCUCUCAUUGAAUGUAAAAGGCCGUUUUUGUGGGUUAUAACUGAUAAAGCAAACAGAGAAGCGAAAGUAGAAGGAGAGAACGAGACAGAGAUUGAGAAGAUAGCUGGUUUAAGACACGCGCUCGACGAGGUUGGUAUGAUUGUGCCUUGGUGCUCACAGGUGGAGGUUUUAAGACACAGAGCCGUAGGUUGCUUUUUGAGUCAUUGUGGGUGGAGUUCAACACUUGAGAGUUUGGUUCUCGGCGUUCCUGUGGUGGCGUUUCCUAUGUGGUCGGAUCAACCGACAAACGCCAAGCUUCUGGAGGAUUUGUGGAGGACAGGUGUGAGGGUGAGAGAGAACGAGGAUGGAUUGGUGGAGAGAGGAGAGAUAAGACGGUGUUUGGAAGCAGUGAUGGAGGAGAAGUCGGUGGAGCUGAGGGAAAACGGUGAGGCAUGGAAGCGUUUAGCGGUUGAAGCGGGUAGAGAAAGAGGGUCAUCAGAUAAGAACAUGGAGGCUUUUGUGGAGACUCUGUUCAGUGGAGCAGAGGAGGUUAAAGAUAAAAAUCAAUGUUUGGAGAAAUCUAACUUGCUCGGUUAG